GUGUGUGAGAGAAACCAUGUCCCGCACAUGCUGCUCAAUUUACUUCCUUCUUCUAGCCCCACUCACUUGGGCCACAGAGAGUGGUAUAGUAGGUGGCCGCGUUGCAAAGGCCCACUCCAGACCAUACAUGGCAUCACUCCAGAUUCAAGGACACCAUACAUGUGGGGGGAUCCUUAUUCGGGAGGACUACAUUCUAACUGCAGCGCACUGCAAAAAUCCUCAGGCCAUAACAGUGGUACUCGGAGCACAGGACAUCAGCAAAAACGAGAAAAGUCAGCAAAAGAUCCCUGUAGAAAAGUACAUCCAACAUCAACACUACAAUGGCCUCGAUUGUGACAUUAUGUUACUGAAGUUAAAAAGAAAUGCCACAAUCAAUAAGUAUGUCAAGCCUAUUGGAAUACCAAGGAAAGGUGGGAAAAUCCCUGCCAACAUCAAAUGUGCUGUUGCUGGAUGGGGCAGAACUGCAGCCAAUGGACCUGUGUCAAACGUUCUAAAGGAGGCCACAGAGAAGAUACAAUUUAACUCUGAGUGCAAACGUAAAUGGGAAAAAAAUUUCCAUUCUCAGCACAUGAUUUGCACAAAGUUUGACAGGAAGAAUGGAGGAAUAUGCCAGGGUGAUUCUGGUGGACCGCUUAUUUGCAACAAGAGGCCUGAAGGCAUCACUUCUUUUACCAAGACCGACGAUUGCAGUGAUCCAAAAUAUCCACAUGUCUUCACAAAAAUCAAUGCGUUUGCACUUUGGAUUAAGAAAAUGAUGCAGGAAUAGAAGAAUACUGGAUGAGCUUCCUUACCUGUUAAACAAUAAAGCUUACUGAAACCUGUACAAAAUGUGAAGUCAAACUUUUAGAAAAAAAAAACAUGCACAGGUUUUGCUUGUUGGGGAAAAU